AUGCGGCCACAAGUUACUGAUGACAAUUACUUUUCAGAUGUUUACCUUGUAACGAGAGAAGGUGAUCAGGAUCAACAUAAUGAUGAAAUAAUUCACAAUUUAUUUAAAAGUUUAUUAAAAUUGAUGAAGAAAAUAUCUCACUCCCGAUCUCUGCAUCUCACCAAUGAAAAUGUACAAUAUUUAAGAAUGGCAGUUAGAGUAAAGAGAAGAAGUGCUUCGGAAUUGUCUAAACUGGAAUCAAAAUAUGAAAAUGAUCGGUUAUUUGCUUGGUUGGCUGUUCGAUCGUUUGGCACAAAUGCAUUGAAAACUAUUCGAAAUGAAAAGUUUAAAUGUGAUAGAGAAAUUAUAAAGGCAGGAUUGGAAAGUGAUGGAAGUAUUCUAUUUGCAUGUACAAUUCCAAGAGAAGAAUUGAGAGAGGAUGAGGAAUUGAUUUUGAAGGGAUUGGAAACUUGUCCCAGAGUUUUGGAGUUGGCAAAUGACAGAAUUAGAAAUGAUCGUUCUGUUGUUGAAUCUGUAUUGAAAAGAGAUGGAAUGCAAUUGAAAUAUUGUGGAGAAUCUAUCAAAAAUGAUAGAAAUAUUAUUGGAAUAGCUCUCAAACAAAAUAUUGAAUCGUGUAAAUUUAUUCCAGCAGGAAUAGUUGAUGAACAAUUGGUAUUUAGAGUAGUGUUAAUUAAUGGAUUGUUAUUGGUCCACUUUCCUGAAUUCAAUUCGAAUAGAAAAGUUGUAAUUGCUGCUGUGAAACAAAAUGGGUUGGCAUUGGAAUUUGCAUCCAAUGAAUUGAGAUCGGAUGAGGAAAUUGUCAAAUUGGCAAUGGAAACACAGAAAGAUGCUCUUUUGUUUGCUAGCCCAACUCUAUUGAUCAGGAAAGAGUUUAUGGAUAAUCUUGUGAGUAAAAUGAUAGAUUGGAGAGAUAUUUCGUUUAAAAUUUCUGAAAUAAUUAAGAAAUAUUAUUCGGAUUAUGAGGAGUUUAUGUUAAGCAGAUAUGAGAGAGGAUAUGAAUACCCAACUUAUUUAUCUAAUAGUUUAAGUAUCGAUAAUUGGAUUCGAAUAUUGGCAAAGAAUAUAAAUUUAUUCCGGCCUUUCUUGGAAUACUAUUCAAAAUCUAAGGAAUUAGUUAAAGAUGUGAGCUUUCUAUUGAAACUAGCACAAAAAAUGAAAAUUGAUGCAGAUUUCAAAGAAUCCUAUUCUGAUUAUUUGGAAUUGCAGAAAGCAAUGAUUCUUAAACAGCCAUACCUGUUAUAUCACUUUGAUCCUAGUUUGAAAUCUGACUUACCACUCAUGUUUAGGAUACUUAGAGAAACUUCUCUUUAUAUUGACCUCAAAUAUUUUGACAAGUCAUUAUUGGAAAACAGAGAAUUUUUAUUAGAAGUACUUAAAAAAUAUUCCUAUAAUUGGGAUAUCUUAACCACAUUUGAUGAUGAGCUGUACGAAUGUGGAGUGGUCGAUUCUUCAUACUGUUUUGGAAAAUAUUUGGAAAAAUAUUGUAAUAAUAAGGAAUAUUUAAUAAGGGCCAUCAAUAGGAAUUCUAAUUUAUUUGAACUUCUUUCUCAUAAGUUAGAUGAAGAGGAUCGUAUGCAACUAAAAAACAAGUUAAAAGAGGUCAGAGCUACGAAUCAUUUGACAGAUAGAAUUGAGAAACUUUCUGAUGAAGAAAAGAAAGAUAAAGAGCUAAUUAUUGGCCACCUCAAAAUAUCACCCAUGUCCUUCCCAUUCAUAGAUCCAUCUUUAAAAAACGAUAUAGAUGUGGUAAUGACAGCCGUAACCAAACAUGGAGGUGUUCUAAAGUUUCUCUCUCCAGAAAUGAAAAAGAAUAAGGAAGUUGUAAUGGCUAGCAAACAUCAAGGUUUUGCCUAUGCAGAUAAAACACUUCAGAGAGAUAGACAAGCCAUUCUUAAUGCGGCUCAACAUUAUGGAGGAAUUUUAGAGCUAUUAGAUAAGGAUUUGAGAAAUGAUGAGGAAAUUGUUCUUCAAUGCAUCAAGACAACGCCCAUGUCAUUAGAAUUUGCAAGUGAAACUCUGAGAAAUAAUCCAGAAAUUGUGAGAGUAGCUUACAAUUUAGAUCCAAAAGUUGUGGAAUUUACUGAUCUUGUUUCUUUUUAAAGUGUCCAAAAGAUGCAAUAAAACAAGUAUUAUGUAAUAUUUAAAAAAGAUAAAACUGCAGAGAACACUUCAGUCGUCGUAUUUAUUUGCCGUAUGAUUGCUACUAGAUUAUAAAACUCAUCAUCUACUCGAUUAGUUUU